GCGGCGCGGCAGAGCGCGGCUCGGCGCGGCCCUGAGCGGAGCCUCCGCGCCGCGCUCCGCUCCCGCUCAGCGACUAUGGCCGGGGGAAGGCGAGGGCUGGUGGCGCCUCAGAACACGUUCCUGGAGAACAUCGUGCGAAGGUCUAACGAUACUAAUUUUGUCCUGGGUAAUGCCCAGAUCGUGGAUUGGCCCAUUGUCUACAGCAACGAUGGAUUUUGCAAGUUAUCAGGAUAUCACAGAGCAGAAGUUAUGCAAAAAAGCAGCACCUGCAGUUUUAUGUAUGGAGAGCUGACAGACAAAGACACAAUCGACAAGGUCCGGCAAACAUUUGAGAACUAUGAGAUGAACUCCUUUGAAAUCCUGAUGUACAAGAAGAACAGAACACCUGUCUGGUUCUUUGUGAAAAUUGCUCCAAUUCGAAAUGAGCAGGAUAAAGUGGUUUUAUUUCUUUGCACUUUCAAUGACAUAACGGCUUUCAAGCAGCCCAUUGAGGAUGAUUCAUGUAAAGGUUGGGGGAAGUUUGCCCGCUUGACGCGUGCCCUCACGAGCAGCCGAGGGGUGCUGCAGCAGCUUGCUCCCAGUGUGCAGAAAGGAGAGAACGUUCACAAGCACUCAAGACUUGCUGAGGUAUUGCAGCUGGGUUCUGAAAUCCUCCCACAGUACAAACAAGAGGCACCAAAGACUCCACCGCAUAUAAUUUUGCAUUAUUGUGUAUUCAAGACUACCUGGGACUGGAUCAUCCUGAUUUUAACCUUCUACACUGCUAUUUUGGUCCCUUACAAUGUCUCCUUUAAAACCAAGCAGAACAACGUGGCGUGGCUAGUAGUGGACAGCAUUGUAGAUGUCAUUUUUCUGGUUGACAUUGUGCUCAAUUUCCACACCACCUUUGUGGGGCCGGCAGGGGAGGUGAUCUCUGACCCCAAGCUGAUCCGCAUGAAUUACCUGAAGACCUGGUUUGUGAUUGACCUGCUCUCCUGCCUGCCUUAUGAUGUCAUCAAUGCAUUUGAGAAUGUUGAUGAGGGCAUCAGCAGCCUGUUCAGCUCCCUCAAGGUGGUCCGGCUGCUGCGGCUGGGCCGCGUGGCCCGCAAGCUGGACCACUACAUCGAGUACGGGGCGGCGGUGCUGGUGCUGCUGGUGUGCGUGUUCGGGCUGGCCGCGCACUGGCUGGCCUGCAUCUGGUACAGCAUCGGCGACUACGAGGUCAUCGACGAGGACACCAACACCAUCCGCACCGAGAGCUGGCUCUACCAGCUGGGGGAGUCCAUCGGCACCCCCUACCGCUUCAACGCCUCCGGCUUCGGCAAGUGGGAGGGCGGGCCCAGCAAGGACUCCGUCUACAUCUCCUCGCUCUACUUCACCAUGACCAGCCUGACCAGCGUGGGGUUCGGGAACAUCGCUCCCACCACGGAUGGGGAGAAGAUCUUCGCCGUGGCUAUGAUGAUGAUUGGCUCCCUUCUGUAUGCCACCAUUUUUGGUAAUGUGACAACCAUAUUUCAGCAGAUGUACGCUAACACAAACAGAUACCAUGAAAUGCUGAACAGCGUCCGGGACUUUUUGAAGCUCUACCAGGUCCCCAAAGGACUGAGUGAACGUGUGAUGGAUUACAUCGUUUCCACCUGGUCAAUGUCCAGGGGAAUAGAUACUGAAAAGGUUUUGCAGAUCUGCCCUAAGGACAUGAGAGCAGAUAUCUGCGUUCACCUGAACCGCAAGGUUUUCAAGGAGCACCCUGCCUUCAGGCUGGCCAGCGACGGGUGCCUGCGGGCGCUGGCCAUGGAAUUCCAGACGGUGCACUGCGCUCCGGGAGACCUCAUCUACCACGCCGGGGAGAGCGUCGACAGCCUCUGCUUCGUGGUCUCGGGCUCCUUGGAAGUGAUCCAGGAUGAUGAAGUCGUUGCUAUAUUAGGCAAAGGAGACGUUUUUGGUGAUGUGUUCUGGAAGGAAUCGACUCUCGCCCAGUCCUGUGCUAAUGUGAGGGCUUUGACUUACUGUGAUCUGCAUGUGAUUAAAAGAGAUGCCUUGCAGAAAGUGCUGGAGUUCUACACUGCCUUUUCACACUCCUUCUCCAGAAAUCUCAUUUUGACCUACAACUUGAGAAAAAGGAUUGUGUUCCGGAAAAUCAGCGACGUCAAGCGGGAAGAAGAGGAGAGGAUGAAGAGGAAGAACGAAGCGCCCCUGAUCUUGCCCCCGGACCACCCGGUGCGGCGGCUGUUCCAGCGGUUCAGGCAGCAGAAGGAAGCGCGGCUCGCGGCGGAGAGAGGCCGCGAUCCGGACGAGCUGGAUGUGGAGAAGGGCAAUGCCGUCGGGGAGCAGUCCUCCGCUCGUGCCGUGGUCAAGGCCAGCGUGGUGACGGUCCGGGAGAGCCCGGCGACGCCCGUGUCCUACCAGCCCGCCUCCACCUCCGCGGCCUCCGACCAGGCCAAGCUGCAGGCCCCGCCGGCGGAGCACGCGGCCUGCAAGGCCUCGGGGGAGUACCCCCGGCGCAAAGGCUGGGCCAAGUUCAAGGAGGCCUGUGGGAAGGGCGAAGACUGGAACAAGGUCUCUAAAGCAGAGUCCAUGGAGACUUUACCUGAGAGAACUAAAGCUUCAGGAGAAGCUACCCUGAAGAAGACAGACUCUUGUGACAGUGGCAUUACAAAAAGUGACUUGCGCUUGGAUAACGCGGGGGAGACGAGAAGCCCGCAGGACCACAGCCCGGUCCUCACCGAGGUCAAGCAUUCCUUUUAUCCCAUCCCAGAACAGACUCUUCAGGCCACCAUGCUAGAAGUGAAGCAUGAGUUGAAAGAGGACAUCAAGGCUUUAAACACAAAAAUGACCAAUAUAGAAAACCAGCUUGCUGAGAUACUUAGGAUAUUGACCUCAAGAAGAAGCUCCCAGUCACCCCAGGAGUUGUUUGAAAUAUCGAGGCCCCAGUCUCCAGAAUCAGAAAAAGACGUGUUUGGAGCUAGCUGAGGUGUUUCUUUUUAAAAACAAACAAACCAACAAACAAAGAAACAGCCCCCUAACACUUUACAUUUAAUCUUUCUUGAAAACAAAUGAGGGAUCCGUUCACUAAGCAUGUUCCCUCUGUCUAAAAAGGUAUGGUAACAGGAAUUGCAACCUCAUGUCAAGAUGGCAGCUGACUUUGAAGCCUUUUUGACAGCAAGGGUACAGUUUCUAAAGUUUUUCUUUCCUCCCUUUGUCCUCAUUCCCCCCCCCAGCCCCCUUCUCUCCCUCGGGAUGUUGGAAUAAGAAUUCUGACAGCAGCAGCCAUCCCCGUGAGCCCCAGGUGAUCUCUGAGGUUUUUGGAGCAUGCCUUAUGUCCUUAGCUCGGGUUAUGCCUAUAUGAAUAAGCACUUGCCAGGGUGCUUAUCUUUUCAGUGUUUGGUGGGUUGUUUGUUUUUUUGUUUUGUUGCUGCUGUCACUGUCUCAGUCACCUCUACAACACGUUGGAUGUCACAGUAUAUUUUCAUAAAGCUGUAAUAAUGCAAAGAGCAGUAGGAGACAUGUCUUUUAUUGUGUGCUUGAGUUUCUUUUGGGUAGUCAUUGAAGGGCUAAUAAGAUGAAAAAAAAAUUGUGCUUUUUAAUUUCAAACUGACAUACUGCUAAAACAAUUACAUUUGGCAACAUCUUCAAAAAUAGCCACAGUAUUUCAGAUCUAUUAAUAAAUGGGAUCUUCCACAAUCAUUCACUGAAUCAAAGAUAUGUGUUUUCAAACCUUUUUAUGUUUUUUCAAAAAACUUCUCUUCUGUCUCAGAUGUCUUUCAACAUUUGAUACUUCUGCUUUCAACUCCAGCUGCUGGAGGGUUGGGUGUGAAGUGUACCUGAGAGCAGCCCUCAGCACAACAUAUUCGAAACAUCACUAACAGGUCCUGCAGAUUUGCCUCCCAAUGAAAAUAUACUGUGGCAUUUAUGUCCUGUUCUGCUAUGAAUCUGCUCUUUUAAUUCUUGUUAAAUUAUUAUUCAGAAGUUUCUGUUUUGAUAAUGUUCAUUGAAGCCAAAGGCUUUCACAGAAUUUUUAACAGUGCCAGACAGUGGCAUUUUCCUCUACAUCCAGAUGUGUUGUUCCUGAUCUAAUCUAGCUUGGAAGCAAAUGGAUAGUAGAGGCAGAAAUUCAGUGCUUACUGUAUGCAAGUGCUAUUGUAGCAAGGAAACAAAGAGAUCUGCUUCUUAAAGAAGGAGAUGUUUCCAAAACUUAUAUUUUCAUAACUUUUUUCAGAGGAAGAUUGAAGCACUUUACCAAAACUAUUCUUCAUUAUUCAUAUAGGGUAGCAUAGAUGGUAUCAUGACUUGUGUUCUCACCUUGGGAUACAGGUGUAUAUUCACAGUACAUUCACUCCACUGAUCUGAUAUGUUCACUGGGUAACAGUAGCUUAGAUCUCAGAAGCAUGGUGCCAUACCACACUUUAAGGGGUUUUCAUCUUUCAUGUCAACAGGUCUUAACACUGUGUGUGUUAAAUCUCAUUCUUUUUCCUUGGUACUAAGUCAUUUACAAAGAAACACAGGAUUUUUUGGGGGGAAGAUUUUUGUUCAUGUUAAGUACAGAAGAGCAUGGAACACGAUCAAUUUUAAUGAUUUCUGCUGGCUUGAUGCUUGCACAAGGCAGUGCAGAACAGUGCCAGACAUCCCUGGGGAGCUGGGACGUCCACAGAUGACUGGCACAGUGGUGAGGCUGUGCCUUGCAAAGCUCCCAGCUCAGGUCCUGCUGUCAAGAGUGGUUGUUUCUACCUGUUCCUGCAGUAACUGCCCUUGCUCUCAAAGAUAACAAUUAUUCCAAGCCAGCACCACCAUUUCUUAGUCCAGAGGCAGGUGGUUUAGGAUUGGCUUUUAUUGCCUUUCUCCUUGGUUUGGUAUGGAGGUGCCCACAGACUGUGAAUUCAUACCCAAGGAUUUAAAUACUCCUGAGAAACAACUCCCAGGUUCAUAUAUGUAGGUUACCUUCUUCCCUCCCACAAGGAAAUGCAAGCAGGGAGAUGAGUUGCUCUGAAACCAAGAAGGUACUUCCUUAACUUAUUUCUGGUUCCGUGUUUAGGUUUUUCCAGUGGUACCUGGUGUCUUUUCCAGUUGCUCACUGCAGACCUGCAGUGCUGAGGAAGGCACUCUCUGACCAAAGCCACGCUUUGUGUUUGGUGCUUUAAUCACUCUAAGUGGCAGCAGGUACCUGCAACAGCAAUGGCAUGGCUGCCACAGAAACUCAUCCAUCCACAGUUUCUGUGAAAAACUUUGUCAUGAUUUUUUUUCUUUCUGGUCUUCUUAGACAGUAAUUACUACCUAAGCAACCCCCAGGUGUACUGAUAUACAAGGAUUUGUAACUGAUUUCCAGCAAGUUUUUAGAGACUGCCUUGGAGUCAGUUUCCUGAUCCAGGCAAAUUCCUCACCAGCAUGACAUUCACGACACUUCUCUUCAUGAAGUUUUUGAAAGGCUGAAGGUCUUAGCAAGUCCUUUGUGAAAGUGUCACCCAUAUACCUGCAGCUGGAUAAACAUGGACCUGAGCUUAUCCCAGGUGGACAAGGGAGGAAAUGUUUACAACCUCCCAAGUAUGUGCCUAGUAUCUCCAGAACUGCACUGCAAACCUAAAAGUAAAUGUGCAGUUGCAGGUUACCGGCCCUUUGUUGCUGAUACUGAAUUGAAUUGUUUCUCAGUGAUAUUUUUGUGUGCCCUCAGGGAUAUGUCAAAGGUUAUUCUGCUGUUGUUGAUUGCCCAGCCUGGAAUCCCACCAGGACCAGCCCCAGAAGACCCCUAAUUGUAAUAAUUGCCCAGGCUGUGAACACAGGCAGACAAGUCACCAUUUUCUGGGGAUGCUCCUUGUGUAGCCUGAUGCUCAGAAUGAUACCAAACUCCUCCCCACCCUGUAUAACAGUGUUUGGGUGAACCCAGUCCUUUUCUAAGGCUUUUUUCAGGCUCUUACAAUGGCCUAUAAAGACAUUUAUUAUUUGUAAAGCCUUCAAAGAUUGUAACAUACACCUGAAUUCUACUUAAAACCUAAUGUCUUUGAAGAUUAUGGCCAAAUUUACCUUUGCUAUGGUCAGGAAAUGGCAGAGAAACUCUGCUUGCUCCUUACAAUGACACUUCAGGGUGUCUGCUCCAGGUGAGCCCUGACAGGAGUCAGUGCCAGUCAGACCAGUACAGCUGUAACUGAGAUUAGGCCAUUAUGAACUGUCCGGCACUAACACUGGUUGUAGAAGAGUACAUCAUCCCUCAGCAACCUCUAUUUGUUGUAAGAGAAUUUGAAAAAAAAUACAGUCUAGGAUGAGUUUUGGAGUUUGGAUUCCCUGGACUAUUGAGUGGUUAAAAAAUUAACAAAUCCAUGCCCACUCCUUUGAACCCCAGGCUAAUCUGAACCUGUGCUACGGUGCUCAGGCUCUGCUGAUGCAGCACUUUUCCUUUAAAGAGUGGCUGAAAGCCCCUGUGUUACAAAUCUGUCUUUCUCCACUGAGCCUUACACUCAGACAGAUGCCUAUGGCUGGAUGGCAUGUGGACCCAUCAGAAUUGUUAUUAGUUCUUUGAUUUUAUUUGUCAGCUUUUCCUUUUUCUCUUGUUCCUCUCUACGUGUUGGCUAAGCCUUUUCACUUAAUUAUUUUCCAGCUUAGAACUGAAGGAUCUCUGAAAAUAAGACUCUGCCCCUUCACAAGGAAAUGCUUGUAGAUGGUAUAAAGAAAAAACCCAAACAAAAACCAAAGCCUCAGUUUUGACUGUGUUCUGGCAUAGUGCUUCUACCAUUUAACAACCUGCUAAACGACCUGCAUCAUUCUAAAGGAGAU